AUGUCCCUCCACGAGCAUGCACUGUCCCUCUUCCGCAGUGCAGUGGGCACUGUCAGACCAGCUUCAAUGCUGAAGAGGGCUCUGAAGCUCCAGGAAGAUGGGUGCCCUCAGCUGCUGGUGAAGGGCAGGGCCUUCCCAGUGAAGAGGAACCUGUACCUAGUAGGUUUUGGCAAAGCUGUGCUGGGGAUGGCUGCGGCAGCAGAAGAGAUCCUGGGAGACCACCUCGUUCGGGGGAUCAUCAGUGUGCCACUAGGCAUCCAGGAGAGCCUGCAGCGAGCGGGAAUGCAGGAGAUGCUCCUGAAGCCACACAGCAAAAUCCAGGUCAUCGAAGGUGCAAAGAACAACCUCCCAGAUGCAGAGGCUCUGAAAGGAGCAGUUGCCAUCCAGGAACUGGCAGAGGGUCUGACUGCAGAUGACCUGCUCCUUGUACUCAUUUCAGGGGGUGGAUCAGCCCUACUGCCUGCUCCCAUUCCUCCCAUCCUCCUCAAAGAGAAGCAGAAACUCACAAAGAUGCUGGCUUCCCAAGGAGCUGCCAUACAGGAGCUGAACAUUGUCCGGAAGACUCUGUCCUUGCUGAAGGGUGGGGGGCUGGCCCGACUCUCAUAUCCUGCACAGGUAGUAAGCCUCAUCCUUUCUGAUGUGAUUGGUGACCCCCUGGACAUCAUAGCUAGCGGCCCCACUGCUGCCAGCUCCCACACUCUCCAAGACUGCCUUCAGAUACUCACCAAAUACAACCUGCUGCGCAAUCUGCCCAAGUCAGUGGAAACAGUCCUGUCCAGCUCUCCCACCAAGUCCACUGCUCCAGAAGACUUCUCCCAUGUUUGCAAUGUCAUCGUCGGCUCAAACAGGCUGGCUCUAGAUGAGGCCAAACGCCAAGCUGAGGGCCUGGGCUACACCACGCUGGUUCUGAGUGCGGCAAUCUGCGGGGAUGUUGGCUGCGUUGCCACACUGUACUGCCAGCUCAUCCAGCUGCUCUGCUUGGGCUUUGCUGGCUUUGGAGAAGGGCCCCAGGGUGACGAGGUGAGGCGGAAUCUCCUGCAGCUGGUGGCAGAGCUACAGAUCCCAGGUUUGGACCUUGCCAAAUUUCUACAGGCCCUGCGAGGAUUAGGGUCUAAAACACCAGUGUGCAUCCUGGCCGGCGGAGAAACCACAGUCCAGCUCCAAGGAACUGGCAAGGGAGGGAGGAACCAGGAGCUGGUCCUGCGCGUGGGGCUGGGGCUGCACAGGGCACAGGCCAUGGAAGCCAGCAGCUCCCCAGGGAGGUGUGAGAUCAUCUUCCUCAGCGGUGGAACAGACGGGCAGGAUGGGCCAACAGAGGCAGCAGGAGCCUUCUGCAGCCCAGAGCUGGUGACUGAGGCGCUGCAGGAGGGCCUUGAUGUGGAGGCUUUCCUCAUCAACAACGACUCCUAUACCUUCUUCAGCCAGUUCCAAGGUGGGCAUCACCUCCUGGUGACAGGCUUGACAGGCACCAAUGUCAUGGAUAUCCAGGCCAUUUUAAUUAGAGCCAUGGAGAGAUCCUAA